AUAUCGGACUAUCGGAGUGAACUACAGUAAAUCUUGAUAGCAUAAUAUAUGCCCUUAAAUAAAAAAAUAAUUUCAUAGGUUGUUACAUAUCGAAUGUAACAAUGGGCAUCACAAAUUAUAAUAUUUGAAAAUAAAUACAAGAACCCAAUUUUCGCAAUAUUGAGAGAGUAUGGUCAGUUUUUUGGUUGACAUAAUAAUUUUAAAAUACGAAAUUUAUGGAAACAAUGGAGUUAUUCAAUUCCUUGGAGUCAAAUGAACCAAAUGUAGCCGAACAAAUCAAAAAACGUUUCCAUGAAAAUUUUGUAACAUCUAAAGAACCUUGGCUAUUACAUGGAUUAUUCGAUUAUUUUGUACAAACAAAUUCUAUACGAUCUGUGGAAAUUAUUGUCAGCGCUGCCAGGGAACCUCAUGUUAAACAUUUAUAUGAUCGGAUUGAUGAGGGUCUUAGACAGCCAAUUAAACUUCAAGCUUUAACUUUAUUGGGCCAUGUAGUUCGUCGCCAGCCAUCAUGGAUAUAUAAAAUAACUCAACAUCCUUUACUCAAAAAUUUGUUAAAAUUACUUAAGACUGAAACGGAAAUAUUACCACUGAUGAGUGCUUUGUUAAUUCUUAUUAUUCUACUCCCGAUGAUACCAGCAAAUAUUGGACCGUAUUUAAAUGAUAUUUUUGAAAUAUUUAGUCGUUUGGCCGCUUGGAAUCGAAACAAUUCAGGUAAAUUUUCUGAAGAAUGUCUUGUACAUUUGCAAGUCGGGAUGUAUGCCUUGUUCCUUAGACUAUAUGGAAUGUAUCCGUGUAAUUUUUUAUCAUAUUUACGUCAAGUGUAUGGACCACGUGAUCAUUUGGCUGUAUUUAGCCAUACAAUAAAGCCAAUGCUGGAGACAGUGAAAAUGCAUCCUUUACUGGUAACAGCCUCCAAAGACAAUGAAAUUACUACAAAUCGAUGGAAAGAAAUGGGUCAUCAUGAUGUGAUCGUAGAGUGUGCCAAAUUAACAUUAGAUCCAUCAGAACGAUUACGUGAAGAUGCAUUUUCUGGUUUAACGUCAUCGUUUCGAUCAUCACGACCUGGUACUGAACACUCGAAUACAUCAUCAUCGUAUUUCGAUUCAAUACAUUUUCCGAUACAAACAUCCAGUUACCAUCCAUCAUCGUAUUUAAGUUUGGCAAAUGAAUUAGAUAGUACAACAUUUAGUCCAAGUGUUUAUUUUCAAUAUUCAACAUCACCGCCAGCUUCUGAUAUUAGUGUUACAACGUCUAUAUCGCAUACACCUAUUGGAAAUAGUUCUACACCGCAAGCAAUUAUAUCUCAUACAACAUACGCGCAUCAAGAAGGCACAUCACCACCAGAGGCUGCUGUUGAGGCAACUCCAGAAACAACACCUAUUAAGGAUUUAAGAUUAUUAUCGACAAAACCGGUACCACCAAAUUCAUCUGUUGUGCGUGCAUUAACAAAUUUUAAUCCAACAAAAUGGGGUGAUAUUGGAUUAAGUUUAAGUCAAUCACAACCAUCAUCACCAAUGAAAAAAGAGACAUCAUCCGCAUUUAAAUUCCCUACCGAUUCAUCACAUUCAGCAUUUGAACAACCGCGUAAAGAUAUAAUUGUAAGCAGUAUCAUCGAUCAUAACAAAUUCGAUUCAUGUCGUCUAUCACGUCUUAUGUAUGAUAGGAGUGUGGUGAACGAAUCAUUUCCAGACCAUAGACCGAAUUCAAAUUUACGUUCAAAAACACCAUUAAAUCAUCCAACAAGUCCAUUACGUGUCAUAUCAUAUGAUUCAAGUGUACCAAAUAGUCCUGUACCAAUUGAAACAACAGCACCAGUACCGGGUGCAAAAGAUUGGCAUGUAGCAAAACCAAAACCCGAAAAGAAUGGAUUCCGUUUUGAAUCACCGGUAACACAAGAUAUUAGCCAAGAAGACCAAGAAGUUGUUGAAAUUGUUAAACAAGGCGAACAGUAUCGUAAUCAUAAUAAUGAUACAACGUUAAUGGAAUCAUUAACAUUACAUCAUACAAAUCAACAUCCGAAUUGCGAUAGUGUAUUACAAGAUUUUCAUAAUGAACCGCAUAACGAGGAUUUCGAAGAAUGUGAACAACAGUUAGGAUCACCGUGUACAAUGGGUGGCCUUCAUAUGCCCAAUUCACAAUCAAUGAUACAUCUUGUGAAACGUGUAAAUAGGUUAAGGUUUUAUAGUCAGUGUGUGGCAGAUACAUCAUCAAUAGAUUAUUCAACGGGCAGCAGUCCUAACGAUCGAAUACACAUACAUGAAAAUAUAAAAGUAAGGCGGGCAAAUUCAUGUCCUGAAAUGAAGAAAAGUUUUACAGUGUUGCCAUCAGAGCCAUUGAGUAAAGUACUAAAUGAAAGUGAUGAAAUUGAAUCUUCAAAUACUAUACUAGUCUCAGAAAAUAACAAUAAAGUAUCUUCUCUGCUUUCACCGCCAGCUUUGAAUGGAAAUGUACAAGAACAACAACUGGCUAAACAAUUUAACACAAUUGGUAUUCAAACAAUUGAAACAUGGCCUCAACCAUAUGAAUAUUUAUUUCUAGAUUUAUUCCCAUCAGUAGAAACAACAAAUACUGAAUAUACACAGACAUCUGCGGGGCCCAGUCCAGCCCCUUCAGCAUCACAUCAACAACAACAACAAAAUACAGUUGUACGAUUUUCGCCAUAUGAUAUGCUAGAUAAAUAUAUAGAAACAUCUAAACAAAUCGGGGAAAAAGAUUCUCGGCGAAUAAAAAACUAUGAAUCAGAAAUUAAAUCACUUAGAGAACAACUUGAAUUAGUGUAUUUACAAGUACAAUUUGAACGUCAUCGUCGAGACGUCCAUUCCGAGCGUAAUAGACGGUUAAUGGGUAAAGCAAAAAGUAAUCGGGCAUUUGAAGAGUACAAUAAUGCAUUGCGUGAUCAAUUAGCGUUAUUACAAAAAGAAAUAGAAAGUCUUAAAUCUCAAAUUGAAUCAAAUAAACGAGAAUCGUCAACAAAUGAGAAGAGAUUACAAGAAGAUAUUGAUUAUUGGCAAAAACAAUGCACAUUACUUCAAGAUGAAAAUAAAAUGUUAAAACAUCAAAAAGAAAAUAUGGAGGAAGCAAUUCAAGAUCAAAAUAAAAAAAUUAUUGCAGCUAAUACAGAACGACAACAAACCGAAGCUACGCUUUUAGAUUUACGUAAUGAAAUGCAUUUUGCUAUAACACAAGCAAUUGCCGGUGAACAGGUUCGCGCUGAUUUUGAACAGUUACAAAAAGAGCAUAUAUUAUUAGGUGAAUUACAAUUAAAAUAUCAAGAACGUUUUGCAGAUUUACCAAAUUUAAAAUGUCGUGAUGAAGAAAUUGAAUUUAUGACUGAAGCAUAUGCUCAAGAAAUUGAAGCACUUAAUCAGCAAUUAAUGAAUCGUAAUGCAAAAAUCGAAGCUUUAAAGGUGCGAAAUACAGAUUUAGAGAAUGCAGUGCAGCGACAUGAUGAAAUAUGUUCCGAGCAAAAACGUAUUUUAACAGUAGUAAAAGAAGAAUAUCAAGAAAAAUUAAAUGCUGUAGAAGCGAAAUACAACACACAGCAUGCAAUAAUAAAGCGAAUGGAGGAGAACUUACUAGAACUACAUACACGUAUUGAUCGAUUUGAGUAUGUAUCGAGACGAGUUCUAAGAUCACCAGUGAGUAUGAGUAGUGACAUUGGUAGCGGUGAACGAGCUGGUGGCCCUAGCCCUCAUUCCUCGCCGCCAUUAUCGGUAUCACUUACAUCGUCCGAGGGUGGAGGCAGUAUGGCAUUUUUACAAACUGGUGCAAGUACAGCGUGCGAUGUGGAGAUAAAAAAUUUACAAGAUAUAGUGGAUCAACCAGAAAGCAAAACCAACAGCAGCAUAUUGAGUGAUGCAGAACCAACAACCAGUAGUAAAAUGACUUUAGGAACAUCAAGUAGUAGUAAUCGACAAACGGAUAAUUCAAAUAUUACAUAAAUAUUUUCAUACUUUUGUAUUGAUUAUUUUGUUUUAUGACAAUUAUUGAAUAUUAUAUUAUUAAUUGAUUGAUGGUGAUUAUAAUUAAACAAUAAUAAAAUAUUUUUUAACGUUUAAUUUCAAUCAUCUUCAACAAUGUGAACACACAUGUGAUUUUUUAAAAACCUACAUAUUUUUUUGUUUUU